AUGCUUCCGUCGCUGGAUGAUUGCAACGAGUGUAAGCCUGCCUAUCUUCGGCGCAGACUUGACUCUUUCCCACCAUCUACCAUCGCUUUAUCAUCAGCGCCAUUUGCCUUGACCUUUUUGUUUGUUGCUGUCGCUGUAUGGCAAAAGGUCGUGCCGCAUCUUGCGUCAUCAAACUCGCAUAAGGACCAGAACAUACCAUUCUUCAAUCGGGAGACUCAACGCACAAACAACCAUGGAUCUAACUCACUGCGAACCAUCACGUUCAAGCGCAUAGCUGCAGUCACUUUUUCUACAACGAUCGCUCUAUCGGCUGUUCUUGUGGAGCUGAUUCUGUGUGAAAUCUCAAAUCUUCUGAAUCCAGCAGCUCGAGGACUGGCAUUGCGCGUCACCCUCUUCUCACUACUCAUCCUGAUCAUUAUCAUCAUACCAAGUCUGGAAGUACACACUCUCAUUACUGGAUCACGUUCUCGCUCAGAAUAUGCCACUCCUAACACACGCAAGUCUCGUCCGACCCUCCGAUACACAAUCGAGGCUUUGUUGCUGGGCUUCUGGUUUCUCGCCUUCUGGUAUGUGCCGCAUACAUCACUUCUUCCAGCAUCUCUUCAUUCGCAAGCGGGGCGCCCGAGUCAGGACAAGGACUUUGACUUCGUAGAGGCAUGUCUUGAGCGUGUUGGCAUCAUCGGAAUUUCUCUCAUGGCUUCUCUUGCUGGAUUUGCCGCAGUGUCCUCUAUCUGGCAGACAUUCGGCGUGAAACACCGCAUGGUUCGUGAGAGCGAUAUUGCGCGUAAAGAAAGCGGGCUGGCAGCGACCAAAGAUAUGUUAGCAGUCAAGCAAAGUCGUCUACGUGCAUUGGAGCGUAAAAUGUCUGAAGCACCGCAAGACAAGGGCGGGAUCAUGACAAGAAUGAUAGGCUCCAUCAAGGGCAAUUCCGACACAAAUGAGCAACGCAGCCUGGAAAUGGAGAUCUCGGGAUUGGAGACAAUGACGAUGACUCUUUCCUCCUCCCUGGCAACUCUGAAAACUCGAUAUGCAACACAGCAAAGAUCGCAAAAUAGUCUUGGACGUCUGUUGAAUGUGCUCAAUCUCGGCUUCUCAUUCUACUGUCUUUACCGUAUCGGAGCGACAACUGUCUCUUCACUCCGCAGAUGGUGGCAGCCAAACACGACAUUUGCGACUUCAGACCCCAUCAACAAUGUCCUCGCCUUGCUCACUACUCAUUACGACCCUUCACUGGAUCGCGAAGCUUGGUCUCGUCAGAUAUCCUUCGUGCUGUCAGGUGUCAUGCUCCUGCUGUCCUUCAACGCCGUUCUCCAGACUUUCCGCUUGUUCACUCGCUUCUUCCCCAAACUAGCUGCCCGCGCACAAUCUGCACUGCCGCUUGUCGUCUCUCAAGUCGCCGGUGCAUAUGUCAUCUCUUCCGCACUAUUGUUGAGGAGCAACUUGCCUAGUGAGGUGAGCAGCGUCAUCAGCGAGGCUCUGGGUGCACCAUUGGAAGGACGUUUUGUUGAGGCAUGGUUUGAAAGUUGGUUCCUAAUUGCCGUGCUAACGACGAGCAUCGGUAUCUUCAUCAGUCGCAAGGUGGGAUCAUCUGCUGAUUGGGAAGAUUGGGAAGAAAGUCAAGACGUGGAAAUGGGAAAGAUGCAUUGA